AUGGAGAGUAAAAAGAGUUGGUUGCAAGCGUACAUUCCUCAGAAACCAUCCGAUUAUGUAGCAUUCUUAUUCAUGAUUGUUAUGCUUUGGGUAAUUGCACUCUUUGAACUAUUUGUUGUCCUACCGCUUUACCACGAACCCUUCUCGUCAUGGUGGUGUUUACACGUGUUUUGCGGUUUUUUCUUGUGGUUGAAUGUGUUCGCCAACUUUUUCUUUCUGAUCACAACGGAUACAACAGGAAAGAAUCUGGGAAUGCCGUCCGUAUUGAAGCCCGGCUGGACUUAUUGUCCAUUCUGUCAACUGAACGCACCUCCAAGAGCCCAUCAUUGCCAAGUCUGCAACGAAUGUGUUUUGAAGCGAGAUCACCACUGUAUUUUUGCCGGAAAGUGUGUCGGCUUCUGGAACUAUCGCUAUUACAUGUUUCUAGCGUUGUACCUUUGGUUAGGAGCUUUUUAUGCCAAUGCUUUUCAUCACGAAUAUGUAACGUCGGAAAUCGGCAGUUUCAGCGUUGCAACAGUACUCACCAUGGUCACUCCAAUCUUGAUGUGGAUGUUAGGAUACACGACUCUUUACGGAUUUUUCAUUUCCUUCAUGACGGGGCUUUCCAUCUUUGCGUUCAUUCUCUUUAGUGGCAUGCUGUUCUUUCAGAUUAGAAUCAUUUCUCGCGGUCAGACUUCGUAUGAGAGAAAGAAGAAAAAGAAAGAAUAUGACCUCGGCUGGAAGCAAAAUUUCUUGGACGUUUUUGGAGAGAAAUGGUAUUUAGCUUGGAUCUGGCCCACUGUAAGUUCACCUUUGCCAGGAGAUGGGACAAAUUACAAGAAAACGUAUUUUCAAGAAAGCAAGGACCUCUGA